AUGGGUGACGCGGCCAACGGUGCCCCCGCUGAGGCGGAGCGCUUUGCUAUCGGUAUCUCUUUUGGCAACUCGUCCAGCUCAAUUGCCCGCAUCUCGCCUGAGGGCAAGGCUGAGGUCAUCGCCAACGAGGAGGGCGACCGUCAAAUCCCAACCGUCCUUUCUUACAUCGAAGGAGAGGAAUACCACGGUACACAGGCCAAGGCGCAGCUUCUCCGUAACUCCAACAACACCGUCGCAUACUUCCGGGAUUAUUUGGGCAAGGAGUUCAAGUCUAUCGACCCGACCCCAUGCCACCAAUCCGCCCACCCCCAGCAGAGCGACUCAACCGUCGCUUUCACCAUUCGUGAUACCGCCAGCGAGACCCCUAACUCUGUCACUGUCUCAGAGAUUGCUACUCGCCACCUUCGUCGUCUGAAGCAGUCCGCUUCCGAUUUCCUCGGCAAGGACGUCAACGCCGCCGUCAUCACCGUUCCCACCGACUUCACCGAUGCCCAGCGUGAGGCUCUCGUGGCCGCCGCCAAGGCUGCCGACAUUGAGGUUCUCCAGCUUAUCCACGAGCCCGUCGCGGCCGUGAUGGCUUAUGAUGCCCGCCCCGAAGCGACCGUCACCGACAAGCUCGUCGUGGUUGCUGACCUAGGUGGUACCCGCUCUGAUGUGGCUGUGGUUGCUUCUCGCGGUGGAAUGUACACUAUCUUGGCUACUGCCCACGACUACGAGCUUGGCGGUGCUACCCUGGACCAGAUCAUCAUUGACCACUUCGCCAAGGAGUUCAUCAAGAAGCACAAGACUGAUCCCCGGGAGAACGCCCGCGGGUUGGCCAAGCUCAAGCUUGAGGGUGAGGCUACUCGUAAGGCACUGAGCCUGGGUACCAAUGCUCAGCUGAGCAUCGAGUCUCUGGCCGACGGCAUUGAUUUCGGCUCCACUGUUAACCGUACUCGCUUCGAGCUGCUGUCCGGCAAGGUCUUCGGUCAGUUCACAGGCCUGAUCGAGCAGGUCAUCAAGAAGGCUGGUCUCGAUGUCCUCGACAUUGACGAGGUUAUCUUCUCUGGCGGCACCUCUCACACUCCCAAGAUCGCUCAACUUGCCCGGAACAUCUUCCCCGAGAAGACCCUUAUUCUGGCCCCCUCCACCUCAACCACUGCCAUCAACCCGUCUGAGUUGUCCUCGCGUGGUGCCGCUUUCCAGGCCUCUCUGGUGCAGGAGUUCGACCGCGAGGACAUUGAGCAGUCCAUCCACCCCAUGGUAACCGUUACCCCCCACCUAACCAAGGCCAUCGGUGUUGAGUUCACCUCCGGCACCGACGUUACCUUCCAGCCCCUUCUCAACACCGAGACUGCCCUCCCUGCCCGGCGCAUUGCUCAAUACUCUGCUCCUAAAGAUGGCGGCGAUGUUUUGGUCCGCGUGUGCGAAGGCGCUCGCGAGAUCAAGGUCACCAAGCCUGAGCCCAAGCCUAAGGAGGAGAAGCCAACCGAUGAGGAUGAUUCCGACUUCGACUCAGAUGAGGAUGAAGAAGAGGAGAUUCGCGAGGUCAUUUGGAAGACCGAGAAGCCCGUCGCCGAGCUCGCUGUCAAGGGCGUCAAGGCUGGCGGCAAGGUCGAGGUCAUGAUUCACGUCAAUCCUGACCUGGGUCUCCAGAUUGCCGUGCGCGAGGUUGGUGGCACCACCGCCGUCCGCGGCGCCAUCAACGGCUCUGCUUAA